AUGUCUGUACGCGGCAAGGGUGGAAAGGUGAAGGAGAAGUCAAAGUCCCGCUCCAGUCGUGCCGGCCUGCAGUUCCCCGUGGGCAGGAUCCACCGUCUCCUGAGGAAGGGCAACUAUGCCGAGCGCGUGGGCGCCGGCGCACCCGUAUACCUGGCGGCCGUCAUGGAGUACCUGACCGCCGAGGUGCUCGAGCUGGCCGGCAACGCGGCCCGCGACAACAAGAAGACCCGCAUCAUCCCCCGCCACCUGCAGCUGGCCAUCCGCAACGACGAGGAGCUGAACAAGCUCCUCUCCGGCGUCGCCAUUGCCCAGGGAGGUGUGCUGCCUAACAUCCAGGCGGUGCUCCUGCCCAAGAAGACCGAGAAGAAGUAA